AUGUUUGGUCUUCUUCAUAAGUUUGGCAGAAAUAGCCGAAAAGAUGCCAAAUUGGAAUUACCAAUAUCACGCAAUAAUUCCAAUGUCGCAGACGAAUUGAAAAAACAACGUUUCAUUCCAAAGAAAAAAUCCACAGCUAAGAACGUAGCCAUUGGUUCAGUGGUAUCAUUUAUUAUAUGUGCUCUGAUAUACUGUGGGUACUCAUAUUUCUUUAAUACAUCACCAAGACUGGGGAAAAUAAACCUCUAUGCCAAUAAAAAUAAUAAAGUAUCAACUUCAUACAAGACUACAGAAUUGAGUGACAAGGAAUACUAUAAUUAUGAUUUUGAAAAUAUAGAAGCUGACGUCUUAGGAAAGUUUGAAAACGGUGUCCAACAUUAUUUAAUCUCUGAAUUUGGUACCGACGUUUUAACCCCAAAGGAUAAAGAACAAUAUGAAAAGGAACUGGCCAUGUUAUUAGAUGCCUCAGUGGAAAAAUAUGAUUUGAAAAAGUUCGAUGGAUCAAGGAAUGGUGCUGAAAAUCGUGACCAUCUAUUGUUAUGUGUGCCGUUAAGAGAUGCUGAAUCUGUUUUACCCUUAAUGUUUAAACAUCUAAUGAAUAUGACUUAUCCUCAUGAACUAAUUGAUUUAGCAUUCUUAGUAAGUGAUUGUUCAGAUGGUGAUAAUACAUUGGAGGCAUUACUACAAUACUCACGUCAUUUACAAAAUGGUACUCUAUCACAAGUGUUCCAAGAUAUGGAUGAAUAUCAAUACGAACAUUCUGAUGAUACGAGAGGAACCAAGAACCUACAUUUGAAAUAUAUGAACCAAGAAUAUUUGAAAAUGGUAGAAACAGCUUUCAAUACCCCACCACAUGAAAAUUAUGAUAAGCCGUUCCGUUCUGUACAAAUAUUUAGAAAAGAUUUCGGUCAAGUAAUUGGUCAAGGGUUUAGCGAUAGACAUGCUGUUAAAGUACAAGGUAUAAGAAGGAAAUUAAUGGGAAGAGCAAGAAAUUGGCUAAUGGCAAAUGCUUUGAAACCAUACCACUCGUGGGUUUAUUGGAGAGACGCUGAUAUUGAACUAUGUCCUGGAACAAUCGUAGAAGAUAUGAUGGCUAACGAUUACGAUGUUUUAGUUCCAAAUGUAUGGAGACCCUUACCUGAAUUUUUGGACAGUGAACAACCAUAUGAUUUGAAUUCAUGGAUUGAAUCAGACGAAGCUUUAAAGUUAGCCAAAACAUUACCUGAAGAUGAUGUUAUCGUCGAAGGUUAUGCUGAAUACCCAACCUGGAGAGUACAUUUAGCAUAUAUUCGUGAAGCUCAGGGUGAUCCUACAUCUGUAGUAGAUUUGGAUGGUGUUGGAGGUGUCUCUAUAUUGGCAAAAGCAAAAUUAUUUAGAAGCGGUGUACAUUUCCCAGCAUUCACUUUUGAAAAUCAUGCAGAAACUGAAGGGUUUGGUAAAAUGGCUAAACGUAUGGGUUAUAGAGUAGGUGGGUUGCCACAUUAUACUAUCUGGCAUAUUUAUGAACCGAGUGAUGAUGAUUUGAAAGAAAUCGCCAAUAAGGAAAGACAAUCCAGACAUAAAGAAUAA